AUGGCGUCCAAGAUUGCAGGUCUAUAUGAUAUGGAAGACACGUUAGGAUCAGGCCAUUUUGCUGUCGUGAAAAGUGCUCGCCAUGUUUUUACAGGUAAGUUAUGGCUAUUAAAGUCAUUGAUAAAACAAAAACUUGAUGAAGUGUCUAAAGCUCACCUUUAUCAAGAAGUUCGGUGUAUGAAGUUGGUGACUCAUCCAUCUAUUAUACGUCUUUAUGAGGUGAUAGAUACCCAGACAAAGUUAUAUCUUAUUGAAGAGCUCGGUGAAGGAGGGGACUUGUAUGAUUUUAUCAUGAAACAUCCAACUGGAGUUGCUGAAGAUUUAGGCAGAAAAAUAUUUCGUCAGGCCGUGUCAGCAAUACAGUUUUGUCAUCAGCUUCACGUUGUACACAGGGAUCUCAAACCAGAAAAUCUUGUAUUUUGUAAGACUGCUGAUGAUAAUUUACAUAUAAAACUUACAGACUUUGGUCUCUCUCGGACCUUCAUGCCCGGUGAAAUGAUCGAAUCAUCAUGUGGUUCUUUAGAAUACUCUGCUCCAGAAAUACUUCUUGAGACUCCUAUGAUCCUCCAAAAAGUUGGUAAGUCCUUCCAAAUUCCAAUUAGAUACAAUUAUUUGGUAUUUCGAAAAAAAAAAAAAAAAAAAAAAAAAAAAAAAAAAAAAAAAAAAAAAAAAAAAAAAAAAAAAAAAAAAAAA